AUGCCACUACCAUCAUCAGCUCAAUCAUCUAUAGCAACUGCUAAUUCUUCCGAUAUCAAUGUCACCAUAGAACAUUUUAUAGCGAGACUGAAAAGACGUCAGAUCGAUGGACCCUAUGCAAUGGCAUUAGAAACAUUACAGCUGUUGAAACGGUUUAUUUCACAAGCAAGAUGGUCACACGUCAGCGAGUUAAUUGAACAGAUUAGACAGCUGGCGAAUAGGUUGGAGAAAGCUCAACCAACAGCAUUUGCAUGUGGUAACGUAAUUAGAAGGAUAUUGGCAGUUGUUAGAGAGGAAGAGGAGGAAGAACUGCGUAGCAAUUCACCACAAGCUACAUCAAGUAGUGUAGCAGAACCAAUGAUUUCAUCAAUGUUUAACCUUUUACAAAAACCUGAAGAUAAACAGCAGAAACAACAACAACAGAAACAACAGAAACAGAGAAGCACAAAGAAUAGAACAGAUUUUCGUCAAGUAGCAAUCCAGGGUAUUAAGGAUCUAAUAGAUGAAAUCACCAAUAUCGACGAUGGUAUUCAACAAAUUGCUAUUGAUUUGAUUCACGAUCAUGAAAUUUUAUUAACACCAACGCCAGAAUCUAAAACGGUUCUGAAAUUUUUACUAAAAACUCGUGAACGUAGUAAUAGAAGGUUCACUGUAUUAGUAACUGAAGGUUUCCCUAACAACACUGCAAAGGCUCAUGAAUUUGCCAAAAAGCUGGCUCAACACAAUAUCGAAACAAUUGUAAUUCCUGAUUCAGCUGUAUUUGCCCUAAUGUCAAGAGUCGGUAAAGUUAUUAUAGGUACUAAGGCCGUAUUUAUCAACGGUGGUUCGAUUUCCUCCACAUCUGGUGUUAGUGCCGUAUGUGAAUGCGCCCAUGAAUUUAAGACACCUGUGUUUGCAGUUGCAGGUCUUUAUAAAUUCUCACCAUUGUACCCAUUUGAUGUGGAAAAAUUCGUUGAGUUUGGUGGAUCUCAAAAGGUAUUACCACAGAUGGAUCCUGAACACAGGCUCGAUACUAUUAAUUCAAUUACGGAUUAUGUCCCACCAGAAAAUAUCGAUAUUUACAUUACAAACGUCGGUGGAUUUGCACCUAGUUUUAUCUACCGUAUUGCCUGGGAUAACUACAAGCAAAUUGAUGUGCAAUUGGAGAUGUGA